CAGUUCAAAUUUCCCCUUAUCAAGAGAUAGUCGCAUACAAAAACGAAAAAUUUAACAAAUAAUAUUAAUUUGCUUUUGCUAGUUUAGAAAUUUGGCAUUGUGUAUGAGUUGUUGUGAAACAAGCAAUAACAACAUGUAUGUAAGGUGCUUGAAAAAAGUGUGUAGGGGUAUGCACAGUUCCAUAUAAGGGCCACAGAGACGACCGUAAACCUAGCAAAAAAAAUACAAAAAAAAACAACUUACAAUAACGGGGCGGCGGCAACAACAAUAAAAACAACGAAAACAACAAAGCGACACAACAACGAAGUUGCCUCUGCUUUGCUUUGCUGCAGCUUUGCGGCUUUGCCUUGUGACGAAAGCAAAAUCUGAAGUGUUUCUUCAUCGCAAAAAGUAAAAUCCAAAAAACCAAAAAUAACGUGAUGUGCCGCCCUGACCUACGACGUUUUUGUGAAGAGUGGCGAAUCUGGAUACGUCCAUUGCUGAUAAUCACAUACGUUGUAUUUGCGAUCAUCGUUGUUCCGUUACUAAUUGUGAACUCCGUGAAGGAUGGAUUCAAACGCAAUGAUCAGCUCAUACUCAUUGGCGGCCUGUUCGUGCUCUCUGCCGUGCCCAUUUCCAUUUGGCACAUCAUACAACACGUCAUCCACUUCACAAAGCCCAUAUUGCAGAAGCACAUCAUACGCAUCUUGUGGAUGGUGCCCAUCUAUGCUUUGAAUGCGUGGAUCGGCUUGUUCUUUCCCAAGCAUUCAAUCUACGUGGACUCAUUGCGCGAAUGCUAUGAAGCGUAUGUGAUAUACAACUUUAUGGUUUACUUACUGCACUAUUUGAAUCUCAACAUGGACCUGGAGGCCACCAUGCUGUACAAGCCUCAGGUGUAUCACUUCUUUCCGCUCUGCUGCAUUCGUCCCUGGGUCAUGGGUCGUGAGUUCAUCCACAAUUGCAAGCACGGAAUUCUACAGUACACUGUAGUGCGACCUAUCACCGCAUUUAUCUCAGUAAUAUGUGAACUGUGCGACGUGUAUGGCGAGGGCGAAUUCGCUGGCAAUGUCGCCUUCCCCUACAUUGUGGUCAUUAACAACAUAUCGCAGUUUGUGGCCAUGUAUUGCCUGGUGCUGUUCUAUCGUGCCAACAAGGAGGACUUGAAACCCAUGAAACCCAUUCCCAAAUUCCUGUGCAUCAAGGCUGUGGUGUUCUUCUCAUUUUUCCAAGGAGUCCUUCUAAAUGUACUCGUUUAUUAUGGCCUCAUUAAGGAUAUCUUUGGCUCAGAUGUGGGCGAUGCAAAUCUGGCAUCCAUGUUGCAAAACUUUCUCAUUUGCAUUGAGAUGUUUAUUGCAGCCAUUGCGCACAUUUACAGCUUCCCGCAUCAUCCAUUCCAUAUUAACUCGCCCCAGUAUUGGAAUAAUCCCAAUCACAGCUGGUGCCGCGCUUUUCUCUCAAUGAUGGACAUUUCUGACAUGCAGGAGGAUGUCACUGAGCAUCUGGGCGUAGUCAGCAGUUCGAUCAGUCGUCGUUUUCAGGGUCGUAGCACAUAUCAGCCGCUUGCACGCGGACCACGGCGAUCGAGCAGUGAGUCAGAGUACUUAAUUGGCAAGCGGCAGGAUGAGUCGUUGGCGGGGGGCAGCUCAACGCAAGCAGCAGGCGCCGCGGCUGCUGGUGAUAAUAGCAAUAGCAACAAUUACCAACAACAACAACUGCACUUGCCGGGCUCCAAUAUGAAACAGUCGUCGACGCGCCAACGCGAAACGCACCUGCAUCUCCGUGAACGUGAUCAGCAGCACUUUGUGGGCGUCGUUGGUGCACCCCAGGCAGGCGGCGUCAGCAAUUUUCCGCAGGCACGAACUGGUGCCUCGGCUGCCGCGCCCAUUCCCGAGUCCAACGAUGAUUAUGCACUGCUGCUGGGCACGGGUAGAUGACAACGUUAUCAGCAACAGAACCAGCACAUUGAUGCGCUCGAGGAUGGGGGGGACGAUGUAGAAGUUAGUCAACAUUUUAAUGCUUCCUCGCUGAGUGCAUCGUUGUCCGUUUCGUUUGGUAUGUCGAGCAGUUUAAAGUUUAGCGCAACAUGCAGCAAUCAAACUGCAUCGGAAUGGUCGAAUUCAACGGGCGGGGAUGAUGACAACGAUAACGACAACGAUGACAAUAUAGAUGACGAUGACGACGACGAUGAUGGUCAAGACGUUGACGAUGACGAUGUCUCGAAUGCGGACAAUAUUGAGCAGAUGCCAGUUAUAGUCGUUGCAUCCACUACGCGACGUCGUCGCGAUAGAGAGUACAUCACCUAGAUCAAUGCAAGAUAAUGAUGCAAAGAUAUUUAUUUAUGAUUUUUCUUCAAUUUAUACUUAUCAAAAUUAGCGAAGCAUCAAUUCCUUUCACUUUUUGUUUCUUUUCCGCUUUUAUAAGCAAUAUUAUUAGUGUCAAAUACUCACAUACAUAUUAACAACCGACUGUUCAUUUGGCAACCCAAUCAAAUUGGGAGUUUUCAAAUUGCGUGGCCUUAGUUUUGGAUGCGAAAGCAAACAACUGAUUUAGAAAUAUACACACCAUAUAUACAUGUAUACAUGUGUAUAUAUGAUCUAUUUGUACCCUAGCUGCAUAUGUGAAAAUUUUACACGCGCAUCACAUGCCUAUAUGUAAUUCCAAAGAAUCUUCAUUAUAUGUAUGCAAUUAUCGAAACAAGGGGCAGCAAAAGAUUUUUUAUAGUUAUGUAGAAAAUGCUCCGUUUUUUACUACGAAAUUCUUAGACAAUUAGAAGUUCAUACUUAUACAAAUACCCAGAAAACCCAUAUGCAACAUGCAGUUAGAUACAUAUGCUAGUAAAUGUUUGAUCUAUGGACUUCAGUAGUUGGUGUCUCUAUUAGCCUAGUUGUAUAUCAUGUUCAGUGCGCCGUAUUCGGUACUCCGUACUUUGUUUGUCUGUUGCAUAGUAGAACAAUUUGAUACACUUAAAGCAAACGAAUGUGAAUUAUGUGACUGCCGGUCAGAAAAGGGCGUAAUUUCUCUUGAAAACAUACUUAUAUACUGUAAAAAUAAUGUAAUUCUCAAUAAUAUAAUUAUGCAAAACCAAUUGAAAUUAUGUAUUUAUAUUUUGGUUUCUAAUUUUAAAUUGGCUGAUUCAUUUAAACGAACAUUUUUUUACACUAGCUCAUUUUUUUCAAAACAAUAUAAUAAUUUGUUUUAUUUUAUUUAUUUAUCGUUUGGUUUGAAAUUACCCCUAAGUAAUCUAAAAAGUGAUUGAGUCUGUUUGAUUUUAGCAGUCGUCAAGAACAAUUAUCAUGCCUUUAUUUUUUUCAUUUUUUCAAGAUGAAAGUUUUAAAAAUAUAUUCACAAUGUUUUUCCAUUGCCUUGAUCAAAGUAUUAAAAUAAUUGCUAGAUUUAUUAAUAUCUUCUGUUGAACAAUAUUAGCCUUAGAUUUGGAUUUCUGUACAGUAAACCAAUUUUAAAUAUUCGGUUUUAUCACUCUAUUUAUUAGAUACAAAAAUACGUGAAUCAUGAAUCAACACUUUCUUGUCUGCAUGUGCUGUAAGAUAACCCAUUAAUGAGUUGUGACUGACUGAUAAGCCACGUCAAAUUAUUUUACGACUUCAUGAAAUCGGCGCCCAGUCAUAAAAAGAUUUAUUUCCAUUUUUUUUUUGCAACAUUUGAUUAUGUUUAUUAUUGUAUUUUUAUUUUAAGCAUUUUUGUCUUUUCGUAAUACUUGCAUUUAAAGAUAAAAACCAAAAAUGAAAAUGAAGGCAAAUAUAUAGAUAAACGGGAAAUCUAAAUUACCUGACAAUUAAGAUUGCAAUAUCAGAUGACGAUUAGUAAUAUAAACAAUACAGAACUGGCGACAAGAGCAACGUUUCUUUUGUUAAGUACAUACAAAAGUAAAAACAUAAUCAAGUACAAUUUAAAUGGCAUUACAAGCAUAUUACAUUAAAAAAGAAUAUCAAUCGAAAUCAAAUUGCGUUUAAACGAAAGCAAGAAACAUUACAAAAAAUUCGGUUAUUACUCAACAUCAACGUACAAACAAUUCAGUCCAGUGUUUAAUCAUCUUGUGGUGCGCAUGAACAAAUGAAAGAAUAAUCAAGCAUAAUUAUUAUUUUUAAAAAUAUUCCCCGUAUUUUCAUCUCGCGUUUUUGAACUCAAAAAAGGCACACCGAUGACUCCGAUUGCUUUCGUAUUAAUACACGCAACGUAAAUAACAACAACAUUAACUAUAAGUGAUAGUUGUGCUUAGUUGUUGUAAUUCUGCCUUCCGCCCAAUUCGAGCAGAUAACGAUCCGGAUGAUCCAUCCAAUCAGCGGCUGUUAACUUGACAGUGCGUUGACGUUCCGCUUCCUUGAUUUGCCAUUUCUUUAUGUCCAAUUGCACUUCGCGUGAUGAUUUGUCGCCGCAUCCCCAGACCUGUAAUGUAAUAAAUGCAGCAAUGCAGUGCAGUUUUUGUUGUUGGUAAAGAGAAAAGUAGACUUAAUUUAAAUGUACACACACAUACACAUACACAUACAAUUUAGUGCCGCGAUGUUGAGUCAUUAACAGGGUUUAAACCUGGACUCGACUCAACAGCGGGUUUCAAAGAGUUGUUUUUAAAUGCUUAGACUGGAAGACGACUUUGCCGUUUAUAAGUAUAUGCGAUAUACUAUAUAUUCAUACAUAGAUCUAUCUCUAUGCAUUUUUAUACCAUAUAUAUAAAUAUAUACUGUGUUGACUAAGGCUUAUUGCGCAUAUAAAUAUAGCAACAAAUAUACAAAAAUGCUAAUAUAUAACAACAAAAAUGCAAUUGCUUACCUCAAUCGACAUGAGACAUGCAGCGAUACCCUUGCAGUCCACAUUCUCGAAGUGUUCAUCGACUGACAGGAUGGGUUUGCGAGGAUCAGCCCCGGCGCGCAAUCCCUUGGGAUAGCCGCGUAUGCUGGUGUUAAGGUACAAAAUGUUCGGUUUCUUUUCCAGUAUCACAAAUCUGCAAAUUAUGAAAAGGGUUUCAAUCACUUUUCCCAACAAUCUGAACUAAUCGCUUCACUCACUUCGGCAGCAGCUGAAUGACACAACUGCCUUCGGCACCGACAAACAAAUGCGUCUCCUUCCACUCACUGGGUGCAGCAAUGCAGUAGGUUUGCUCAUCCUUGGUAUGCAACAGGACUAAGGUUGGGCCACGGUAGCCGAGAA